AUGCAGUCCUCGACCUGGAAUAGUAGCUUCGAGCUGGUCUGUACGAUUGAGUUCACGGAUGCCACUACUGGUAACGAGAUCAACGCCAGAAAGUCCUGGCCGUUAUCAGACGUUACGUGGCUACCGGCGGGAACAGAGAACUCAUUGUGCUGGGCGCAAAUUGUGAAGAGGAUGGGGGAUAAUGGCUCCUACGAUGUUGAUGUUAGCAACCUGGAUGCAUUGACAGAAGACGCCUGUGAGCUCAUUAAGAUAAACCGCAGGGAGCUGGCCAGUGAUACGAGAGCCCUUGGGAAACAGCAGGAUGCAAACAGCGGCGUUAGUACGGAUGCUCCAGAUGUGGAUGAUGAGAGGUUGCGUGGAAGUGAUACUCUUUCUGACUGGGGUAUUAAGUUUCGAAGCAGUGACGGGUCAUCAGAUAACAUCGACGUCCCUGUUGGGAAUUCGAGGUGA